GGAGUGCUGUGCCGCCACCGCAAGUACGCGUAAGGAUCUCCGCAUGGUCCGACAGACAUGUUGCAGCACGCUUCCAAUCAUGAUGUGGUCGUACUGCUCGUUGCUUUCAGCCUGUCACUACUGAGCGGCGAGUGGGCCCUCGCCGAGUCCGAGAAAGUCGAACAAGACUACACUGUGGUUACCCUAGCGGACAUCCAGCGAUUGGGAGAGGCCAAACUCGACGAUGCCGCAAGAAGCUACAUCGCCAGCGGAGCGGACCAGGAACAGACUCUCAGGGAGAACACCGCGGCGUUCACGAGGCUUCGCUUCAGGCCCAAGGCCCUUGUGGACGUAUCGAAGAUCAACACUGCUACUACCGUGUUAGGUCGGAGAAUAUCUUUUCCUGUCGGCUUCUCCCCUUCAGCUGCUCACAUGAUUGCCGACCGGGUGGGUGAGUUGGGCACUGCAAAAGCUGCACGGGACGCGGGCACACUGAUGAUCGUGAGCGCCAUGAGCACCACGUCGUUGGAAGACAUCAGAGCCAGCGCGCCGGAUUGCCUGCUGUGGCAGCAGACUUACAUCUUCACCAACCGCUCCUUGACCAAGUCCCUUGUCAGGAGGGCAGAACAGCAGGGUUUUGCCGCCAUUGUUGUCACUGUGGACUCGCCUGUCGCUGGACAGGCCGUAAGCCUCAGCAACAACAAGUUUGUCCUUCCGGAAGGCCUCAGAUUCGCCAACCUGGAAGCCUCAUGGCCUGGUAGAUCAUUCACAUUCGACCCUUCCAGCAAGGACUUCAUUGGUAACCUACUGUCACCUUCUGCGACGUGGGAGGACUUCCGCUGGUUGCGCAGCAUCUCGACUCUACCCAUUGUUGUCAAGGGUAUCUUGACCGAUUUUGACUUUGUGCACCUAAUUGCAUUACUCAUAGAUUCGUAA